AUGAUAUAUAACGGGGUCGGCGCCGCCGACUCCAUUCCCGCCGUCGCCACCAUGUCGCCCCUUUUUUGCCUGCUCUUGCUCGCCGUGCUUGCGACUGUGUCGUCCCAGGAAUUCGUCCCGAACGUGCCGGAAGAGUGUUUGAAAACGGGAAUCUGCGAGAACUUACCCGAUUAUCCGACAGAACACGUCGACGCUAUCAUUCAAGAACUAGGCCCAGCGCUCGACAAAUACGAGGGAGAGGAGCUCGACGCCUCCGAAACGUUGUCGAGAGCAGGAGAUGAGGACCAGGAUCUCUGCGAGUCCAAGCGCAGGACUUACGUGCCUCACGCGGCUCGGGAUAAAGAUGGCAAAUGGCACUUUGUUGUAAACCAAAUGAACAAGCCGGUGCAAACCAUGGUCGUUGAGGUAAAGCAUACAAACAGCAACCCUCUUAACUGUCCAUCGGUGGACCUUAUGCCUUUUGUAAUAAGGUUUACGAACUGUCAGUUAACAGUGUGGGCGAUGAUAUGCAAGCCAGUUGAUGCGCCCUGCGCCAACGUGGCCCAUUUCUACACCGGGUACACGGCUAGCUGCAAGCAAAAGUUCGUUUAUCGCAAAUCGCCGACUUUGAACGCCGGCGGCGGGAUGGUUGAACGGCAGUUGCUCUUCCCUAGCUGCUGCUCCUGCCAGUAUCGGCAGACUAAUGAGUAA